GCCGGCCGCUAUUAACCAUUCAAGAAGAGGAGAUGUAUCUACAGCCCAGAAGAUAAAAAUCCACAAAUGUCUGGUGAACUUGAUAGAUGAAAGUGAAGAAUUGAAUGAAGCUGAGAAAAACUUCAGAAACCUCAUUUCAGAAUGGAAGAAAUAUCUUCAGGUGGCUUUUCAAACCAACAGAAACCCUCUUUUGCCUGUCCUCAUUGUGAAGAGGUCUUUGCACGAAAAGGUAGCUUAGAGACGCACAUAAGAAUCCACACUGGAAAGAAGCUCUUCACCUGCCCUCAAUGUGGAAAAAGUUUCUUGUACAAAGGAAAACUUGAAGAGCACAUACGAAUUCACACCGGAGAGCGUCCAUUUUCAUGUGUUGAGUGUGGAAAGAGUUUCGCACAAAACUGUAGACUUAAGGACCACUUGAGAUUGCACACUGGGGAGCGUCCGUACACAUGUGUUGAGUGUGGAAAGAGUUUCACACAAAACUGUAGACUUAAGGACCACUUGAGAGUGCACACUGGGGAGCGCCCGUACACAUGUGUUGAGUGUGGAAAGAGUUUCGCACAAAACUGUAGACUUAAGGACCACUUGAGAGUGCACACUGGGGAGCGUCCGUACACAUGUGUUGAGUGUGGAAAGAGUUUCGCACGAGGUAGUAGUCUUAACAUUCACAUGACAAUUCACUCUGGAGAACGCCCGUACAAAUGUGUUCACUGUGGAACAUGCUUUAAACACCAAAAAAGACUUAAGGACCACAUGAGAAUUCACACUGGGGUGCGCCCUUACAAAUGUCCACACUGUGUGAAGGGUUUCAAGCGCGCAAGUCAUCUUAACGUUCACAUGAGAAUUCACUCUUUGGAGUACCUAUACAAAUGUCUUCAGUGCGGAAAGACUUUCACAGACAAAAGUAAUUUUAUCGUCCACAAGAGAAUCCACUCCGGAGAGAACCCAUAUACAUGUCUUCAGUGUGGAAAGAGUUUUACGCAAAGUGGUAGUCUUAAAAUUCACAGAAGAAUUCAUUCUGGCGAACGCCCUUUCACAUGUCCUCAGUGUGGAAAGAGUUUCCCACGCAAAGAUAUUCUAAAGAUGCACAUGAGAAUUCACUCUGGAGAUCGCCGGUACGCAUGUCCUCAGUGUGAAAAGAGUUUUACUCAUAAAUAUAGUCUCCAGGUCCACAUAAGAAUUCACUCUGGAGAGCGUCCAUACACAUGUAUUCAGUGUGGAAAGAGUUAUACGCAGAAUGGAUGCCUUCGGCGACACAAAAGAAUUCACUCUGUAGAAUCCUCAUACACGUCUUCAGCGUAGAAAAAGUUACACAAUUAAAGAAUUGUCACAUGAAUUUAUUUAAUAAAUGCAACAUAUUGUUUGCUUUAAAGUACCUACAAAAUGAGGAUGAACCGAUUUAAAGCUUACAAGAUGUGUAUCAACACAAGUUUCCACCUGUAAUUUAAUUUCACCUCCACUAGCAGACACCACUUCCACCUCUCAUCCAGGGCUGUGUUUCCCAAAAGCAUCGUAACCUUAAGUUGAUCUUAGAACCAUUGUCACCAAUGGAGCUACGAUCAACGUAUGCUUACGAUGGUUUUGGGAAACGCAGCCCAGGUCUCAUGAUUAAAAGUGAUCUUCUAAAAUAAUUUCCCCUUCUUUGGAAGGCCAUCGGAUUUUGAUGAUCCCUUACUGUAUUUUACCAAAUGUUUUUGUUCUACAUAGCCUGACAGAUGCAGACGUACUGGCUACCCCACGAACUGUAUUGUAUGGCACAGCUUGUAAUUAGUUGAAAGUCACCUAUUCCAAAAUGCAGUUUAAGUCUGCAUUUAUUUCUGUGGAGCGUGUUGUAGGAGCUGGUCAAACUGGGACAUCAACUUGAGAAGGAUUAUGAGCAAUAUGACCUUCGAUAUGAAGGUCGACUAGACCACAAGGCUCAAUCUCUACCACAAAGAAGUUAAGUUCCUCACCACCAACCCGACUGCUUAAUAAAACAACCUGACUGUGUUAAAGAGUAAACAUUAGUCAUGAAUCCUGUAAUUAAAGCUCAUCUACCUCCAGACAGAAAACAGCGAUUAUCCAUAAUCCUGAAGAACAACCCCAAGUGUUGUACUCUCCGCACCUAAUGUAAUGAUGUCCUGCAGCAUCUUAUUACACCACCGGACCAGUACUCUUUAAACCAAGAGCAUAUCACUUGUCACCUAUAAAACAACUUGCUUUGGGAGAUCAGCACCAAUAUAUAUAAAAAAACAGUUAUAAUUUAAUGUAUCAAGACUUAAAGGUCCAGUUCAUGAAAUUUAGCGGCAUCUAGUGGUGAGGUUGUGAAUUGCAACCAAUGGCUCGCCCCACCGCUCACCUCUCCCUUUUGAAGCACUAGGGUGGCUGGCACAGGACUAAGACGUCGUCACAUUUUCGCUUCAAGGUGAAUUCUAUGCAAGGAGACCCGUAUGUAGAAAGAAAAAGCUCAUUCCAAGGAAAUGAAAACUUAACCCAUGACCUUGGCGUUUCUAGCGCCACGCUCUAACCACUGAUCUACAGGAAAGCUAUCUUACUACUAUGGAAAGUAAGUCAAUGGGGGCAAAUUUUGAAGUGAACUAGUCCUUUAAGACCUAAACUUUCUGUAAUACGGCCCCAAGUCCCUAAAAAACAUGAACGUCUUAAGAUUCUGUGUGGACUACCGAAGGUUUACAUAUAUCCUUUACCCUUUUCCACUAUAGAUCCUUACACGGGAUACUGACAGGUGAUCAUGGACCCUAGUAGCAAAGCCAAGACUGUGUCCAUCACCCCUGCAGGUCUUCACCCCUUUAUUGUGAUGAUAUUUGGAUUAAAGAAUGUUUCUGCAUUUUUCAGAAACUGAUAGAGACAGUCCUGCAUGUGUUUAUUUUGUUGUUUUGUUAAAUAUGGCCUGACUUUAUCAGGGUCUUAAAAAGUAUUAAAAAGUCUUAAAUGCCAUUUAGCAAGGUAUUCCUUUUUGUAUCAUUUUUCAUAUUUGUCCAAAGAGUUGUCACUUAAUUCUCUUGUGCUUCUUUCCCACCCUUCUGAAUUAUGUUGCAUAAAUAAGGAGUUAUCACCAAGACUGUUUUAUUGUGCUAUUUUACAUUCAGUAUAAAUGUAAGUGAUAGUGUCACCGAUGUAACCAGUUAAAACUAGAAGUGGCGAUGACCUAGGUCUUAAAAUGUAUGGAAAGAGUCUUAAAAUUGAACUCCAUGAUUCCUGUAUAAACAUUGUUUAUGCUUGUUGCUUAUUUUGUCAAUAAAAUGGGGCUGAGAAUGUUUCCUUGCUGAUAGACCUUUAUCACAGCGGGAUUGAAUACUGGAAGUGCUGGUCUUCCGGUUACGUUUAUUUCAAUAGACUGUAAUCGUCCUUUUGACUGAAAGUGUCUUAUAGUGAAAAUCUGCAGGAUGAUUUCAAAAUACAGACAUUUUCAGAGACAGGAGAAGAGAUAUUCUGAAGAUUACUAUUACGGUUUCCUUUAAGUUGUAAUGUUGGUGGUUAGAAUGUGCAAGCUUUAACACGUGAUAAAUAAAAGGUCCAUGAAUUUGAGAAUAAAU